CUGCUAUUCAUAGCUAAGAGUUUCCUCUAGAGCUGCUUAGGUCAGUUUAAAUACUACGACAGAAAGCGUCUCUUUAAAAAGCAACGUUUUUUAUAUUUACGCACACACAUAGACCGAGGAAGCUGUACAUUAAUGGUUACAGGUUUCCAAGAUUCCAACAACUCAUGAAGGUGUAUUGAACUACUUGAGGGUGAGAAAAUUACAUUGCUAAGCUGAGUCGUGAAAGCGAUGCAGGCCCAGGAUCUGAUCCGGCACCUGCGGAUGCCUGAGCUGGAUGAUUUGAGGCAGUAUGUGCGCAGUUUACCCACCAACACCCUCAUGGGCAUGGGUGCAUUCGCUGCCAUCACCACAUACUGGCUGGCCACCCGUCCCAAAGCACUUAAGCCACCCUGUGACCUCACCAUGCAGUCUGUAGAGGUGCCGGGUAAGGAAUAUGCACGUCGCUCUAUCCUAAUGGACAAUGACACAUACAUGACGUACUACUAUAAAGACGCUCUGACAAUGUAUGAGUUUUUCUUACGAGGACUAAGAGUGUCAAAUAACGGUCCAUGUUUGGGGUCACGAAAGGCAGGCCAGCCAUAUAAAUGGCUGUCAUAUAAAGAGGUUGCAGACAGGGCAGAGUUUGCAGGUUCAGCUUUACUCCACAGAGGUCACAGUCAAUCAGGAGACAAAUACAUUGGCAUCUUCGCACAGAACAGACCAGAGUGGACGAUUUCAGAGUUGGCAUGUUACACAUAUUCACUGGUGGCAGUGCCACUGUAUGACACACUGGGUACAGAGGCCAUCAGCUAUGUCAUUGACAAAGCUUCCAUCACCACCAUCAUCUGUGACAUCGCGGAUAAAGCUCGUCUGAUCCUGGACUGUGUGUCUGGCCGGAAACACAGCGUCACGACUAUAGUGAUCAUGGAGAGCUUUGACAGUGAGCUGACAGCACAAGCACAAAACUGUGGCAUCGACAUCAUCAGCCUCAAGGAGCUGGAGGCUAUUGGCAAAGCAAACCACAAGACACCCAUUCCUCCUAAACCUGAGGACCUGGCACUGAUUUGCUUCACGAGUGGAACUACAGGAAAUCCAAAGGGAGCGAUGCUCACACAUGGAAAUGUUGUUUCCAAUUGUUCUGCUUUCAUUAAAAUUACAGAGGAGUCCCUGAAACUUUGUCCUCAAGAUGUUCUCAUCUCCUUCUUACCACUAGCGCAUAUGUUUGAAAGAGUAGUCGAGGGUGUGCUUCUGUGCCACGGGGCCAAGAUUGGGUAUUUUCAGGGUGACAUCCGUCUCCUAAUGGAUGAUUUGAAGAAUCUUAAGCCCACUAUAUUUCCUGUGGUGCCAAGACUACUCAACCGCAUGUUUGAUAAGAUCUUUGGCCAGGCGAACACUCCUCUUAAAAGAUGGCUGUUGGAUUUUGCCACCAGCAGGAAAGAAGCGGAACUUAAAAGUGGAGUUGUGAGGAAGGACAGCAUGUGGGAUAAAUUAAUCUUCAGCAAAGUACAGGCCAGUCUCGGUGGGCGUGUGAGGCUGAUGAUCACAGGAGCUGCUCCAGUGUCUCCAACAGUCCUCACUUUUCUGCGAGCAGCACUGGGUUGCCAGUUUUAUGAAGGUUACGGGCAGACAGAGUGUACUGCAGGCUGCACAAUGUCACUUCCUGGAGACUGGACAGCCGGCCAUGUGGGAGCGCCGCUGCCCUGUAACUUUGUUAAGCUGGUGGAUGUAGCUGAAAUGAAUUACUUUGCAGCAAAUGGAGAGGGAGAGGUGUGUGUGAAAGGACCAAAUGUGUUUCAAGGUUACCUGCAGGACCCGGAGCAAACCUCAGGGGCUGUGGAUAAAGACGGCUGGCUGCACACCGGAGACAUCGGCAAAUGGCUUCCGAAUGGCACUCUGAAGAUUAUCGACAGGAAGAAACACAUUUUUAAGCUGGCCCAGGGUGAAUACAUCGCUCCAGAAAAGAUUGAGAACAUCUACAUCCGCAGUGACCCUGUGGCUCAGAUCUUUGUACAUGGAGACAGUCUGCAGGCAUGUUUAGUGGGUGUUGUUGUUCCUGAUCCAGACUUUCUCCCAGGAUGGGCAAAGAAAAGAGGCAUUGAGGGAUCCUUCAAUGACAUGUGCAAAAGCAAGGAAGUGAAAAAUGCCAUCCUAGAGGAUAUGAUUCAGCUUGGGAAAGAAGCUGGACUGAAGUCUUUCGAACAGGUGAGAGACAUCGCUCUGCACCUGGAAAUGUUCUCUGUUCAGAACGGCCUCCUCACACCAACACUGAAAGCUAAGAGAACCGAGCUGAAGAGCCGCUUCAGAGAGCAGAUCGACCAGCUCUAUGCCAAAAUCAAAAUGUGAGCAGCUGGACAGAGACCCCCUCCUCCGUCCACAGUGAGGGAACUACAACACCCCAGAAUACACACUUUGACAAAGGAGGUGCUCCAGUUCUGUCAUGCUGUUGGGAGUGAAGGACCACUAGUGGACUCUAUAAAACUUUUUUCUUUUCUACCACUUGGAGGAGCUGUAGUCGUCCCUCAGCCCCGUCAGAAAAGCACAUGCCAAACAUUUCACCAGCCCUGAUCAUCAUCUGGGACGACAACUGAAGAAAACUGGAAGCUGAACCAACCCAAUGCCUUAGGCCAGUCAAUGCCUUGAGUCUAACGAGCCAGACGAGAUCAUGUUAAUUCAAACGACAGACUGAAACAGCUUGGGCCUCAUUUAUAAAGUCUAUGCUCAGAUUUGAUCUCGGUGUGUGUGUGCGCGCUUAAAUAAACAGCAAUGU